UUUGAUACCUUUGCCCUGUUAUGGGGCUUGUUCAUUGGAAUAUAUUUUGCAAGUACACUAGUUAUGGCUUGUCCAAAAAGCUGUCACUGCAUGGAGAAAAGUGGCUUGACUGUGGUCCAGUGUAUGUCUCGCAACUUGGAGAACAUCCCAUCAGAUCUUCCACGGGAUACCGUCGUCCUGCUCCUGGCAUCCAACCACAUCACCAAGAUCCCCAACCAGGCUUUCAAAGAACUCUACCGCCUUCAAGAGCUGGACCUUUCUAACAAUGAAAUCGAGACUGUGGACGUUGGAGCCUUUCAAGGUGUCUCGGACAGUCUCCGAGUCCUGGACCUCUCAAACAACCGCAUCCAAAGUGUCCCCAAAGAGGCGUUUUCUCGUCUCCGUGCAAAAAUUAGCCUCUCAAACAACCCCUGGCACUGUGAGUGCACAUUGCAGGAGGUCCUGAGGGAGCUUCGGCUGGACCCAGACACAGUGAAUGAGGUGAACUGCCACACGGCGGUGCAGGAGGAAUAUGCGGGGAAACCGGUAAUCCAGGUGCUGGACUCAGGGAUCAACUUCUGCAACUUUCACCACAAGACCACUGACGUAGCCAUGUUCGUCACCAUGUUCGGAUGGUUCACCAUGGUGAUUGCAUACGUCAUCUACUAUGUGAGACACAAUCAGGAAGACGCCAGGAGGCACCUGGAGUACCUUAAGUCUCUGCCCAGCAGCUCUCAGAUCAGCAAGGACUUUGACACCAUCAGCACUGUUCUCUAGCAGGCCCCUCUGUGGCUCAGGAGGUUUGUGUGUGU